AAAAGCGAGUGACUGGAACCGUAGAUUAAGUUUCUAAGCUGUUGGGCUAACAUUACUUUGCGCUCUUGUAGUUGUUUCCUUUUCGUCUAUAAUGGGCCUCUGGUAACUUGGUAACCUGGUAACUUGGUAACCUGGUAAUCUGAGAUAUGCUGAUUAGAUAUAUUCUCGUCCUCAAACUUGCAUUUCAUUCCAUCGCAGAACUCAUCCCCUUCAAAGUAGGCCUCCUUCUCGACUCUAACGAUGAAGCGGAAUCAAAUGCGAUUAAAAGACUGGCUGACUUCACAAUCUCUACCAUGUACUGGACCUUACAGUUGGAGGUCCAGUAUCACGACCAGACGUAUCUCAGUAUGAUGGGAGGAGUUUGUUCCCUCAUUGACCAGGAUGUCGCUGCUAUUAUAUCUGCUUCAGACUCGUCCUCGACUGCUAUACAAUCGAACCUGAUUGGUCAAUUUCAAAUACCUUUUAUCGCAGCAGUUGCUACCAAUCCGUUCAUGGAAACGCCGUAUGUGAACAAUAUGGAGCUACGACUCUCCCCGACCGAUGUUCAUCAAAGUGAGGCUGUAUAUGCACUGUUGAAGGAGUUUUUAUGGUUUGACUUUUCCAUUCUUGCGUCUUCUGACUCUUUUGGAAUAAGAAGCACUGUUCGAUUACAGUAUCUCGCAUCGCAAGACAUAGAAUUCCACAUUAAAGACAUUCAGAACUUUGAUACAAAGAGAGACUUGUCUCAACCUUCGGACGUCAAGGUUUUUUCAAAAGAACUGGAAGUGAUCAAAGAUUCUCUUGUCAGAGUUAUCGUACUAAGCUGCCAUGGACGGUUUGCCAAACGGAUUUUCAGUGAAGCAAAAGAAAUGGGAUUGAUGGCUAAAGAUUACAUAUGGAUCACACUAGAUGGGGUGACAGCACGACCAGACACCCUGACACAUGGUGACAGAUCGUAUCUGUCAUAUUAUAAAGGAAUAUUCGGCACCACUCCCCACUAUGGUAAAGACUCUGGUGAAUACAGCGAUCUAAAGGAUGCAUACGUGUUGAAUGGAGGGCUUUCAACAGAUUUAACGAGGGCUUCUGUCAAAGUUUCAGAAGGUCUCAAACUUAUUCAUUUUUCGCUUCUUCGACUCGGAGAUAUUGAAAGAGAAACAUUGAAGGAGGUUAGAUGUGGCAAGUUAAACACCUGGGGUGCUGGUCAACAAUUGUACUCCAAUAUGAAGAAAGAUUUUUCUGGAAGGCAGAUUAGCAGUAUAACUGGAAUUGAACAUUUUCCGACUUACGAAAUUAUGAAUUUCAAGUCUGAUGGUUUUGAAAGAGUUGGGUUCUGGACAUAUGAAACUGGGCUUCUUGAUUCAGUCGGCCAAAAGGUAAAAUGGCGAAGCAGAAAAGACCUCACUUUUAUUGGUAGUGAUACACAUCCACCAACUGGACUCGGCAGCUUAGAAGGGUACCACCUACGGAUCGGCAUCGUAGAAUAUCCACCUACCACUUAUUUUGUUAACUCUUUAGAGUGCGAGAAAGAUCCAUCUCGACCAAGGUGCUGGUAUGGCUGGAGUCCCGAAAUCUUCACGAGACUUGCCGAAGACCUUAAAUUUACAUACGACUAUGCAGUAGCACCUACAAAAAUGGUUGGUGGCACCUCCGAAUCAGAUUCCUGGAGCGGAUCCGGAACAUUAAUGGGAGAUAUCAUAGACAGAAAAACUGACAUCACAAUACCUAUAUCCAUGACAUAUGACCGUGCAAAGCAUGUCGACUUCACAGCUCCACUCCAUGAAGACUCUGCAGCUUUGGCCAUGUAUCCUGCCAUUGGAAGUUUCGCUUCAUCAGCAAACAUAUUCUUUUUUCUUGACCCUUUUGAGAUGUCUGUCUGGGGAACUAUCUUACUACUUAUAUUUGGUAUUGCCAUUCUUACUAAUUUCUUUAGUAAAUUUUCCCCCCUCGGAACAUAUGGUGAGAAACUCCAUGCUAUGAAAACUUGCCCUUGCAAAAAAUGUGUCCUGAGGAGAAGGGUAAAAAAGGUUGUCAAGUGCCAGGUAGAUGAGGGUGAGGAGGACGAUGGUAUGAACGACCUCUCUAUCUACAACUCAAACUGGCUCAUUGCAGCAGGGUUCGUGUUACAAGGGGUAGAUGUUCUCCCGACUUCUCCAUCUGGAAGAAUUCUACUUUUGACGUGGUGGCUCUUCAUAAUGAUCAUAUCUGCCAUGUACACAGCCAAUCUUACCGCCAGCUUGACAGUGGAAUCAGCGGUAAAGACAAUUAACAAUUUCAAUGAGUUGCUUUCGCAAGAAUACUACGAAUGGGGUGCCCUUGAAGGCGAUUUACUAUCAAGUCAAUUAAAGAACAGCACAGAAGAAGAGCAUAGGGAUAUAUACACUAGAGGUAAAAAGAUCAUUACAACAGAUGUGGCAGCGAAAAAAAUAAAGGAGGGACGAUUUGUGUUCGUUGGGCCAAGGACUCUCCUAGAGUUCGUACUCAAGGAUGACUGCGAAAAAAUAGUGGUCGAUACGACAUCGUAUCAAAACCAGUGGGCUUUCGCAGUGCCAUUUCAUGCACCAUAUCUUAAGCCGAUAAAUAAAAUGUUCAUUACCUACACAGAAGAAGGAUAUUUCACUCAAGGAUUCGAGAGGUGGAAAAGUGGUGAAGAAGGAGGUGAGACAUGUCCUGUGGAGUCUGACGAGAUCGGGAGUGACACAACUUUCACUCCUCAGCUCCUAGCCGGACUCUUCAUCAUUCUGGCUGGUGCUGUUGGGUGUUCACUUACCAUAUGCUGUUUGGAAUUUCUUUUCGUCGCAUACUUAGACAGCAGGAAAGGUAAGGGCUUUUGUGAAUGUCUGGGAACAAGGAUCUAUCUGAAGAAAUGUGAAGUGAUGGAGGAAUGGUUCGGCUUGGAUCGAGGUAAAUCAGCUAGAAAUAACAUAAUUUUUUACAACCCUGACGGCACAGAUGAUAAGCCUAUAGAAGUCCCCCACUCAUCGGGCAGCAAUCGUUCCCCUUACCACUACGCUAACUCAAAUGGUGGGAUGAUAAGUCAUCGAGCUUUAACCACUCAAGAUCGUCCUUUUACGGAGGAGGGUAAUUUCAUCCUUAAACAGAAGGAUGCAUAUGCGUAGGUACUGAGUAAUUACCCAUAGAAACAGACUGGGUAAUGACUGAGUUUAAAGAUGACCCAAAUCCCAAUUUAAAAUCCCGAGAUGGACAAAUUGACUUGAAAUGAAGAGCGGGUACUGGAUUUGGGUUUAAUUAGGCCGAAAUCAUUGGUUGAUUGUUUAAGAUUCAGUGUCAUGAUAACGACUAGUAUGUUUUUGGAAAAUGUGAAAGUUAUAAUGUUGAAGGUCUGCUUUUUGAAAUUUAAACAAAUGAUGAUUUGUUUGAUGAUAUUUUAACAUUGUUCAUGUUUCUUUUCAGUGACCCAAAUACGAUAAACAUGGCACGUAAUUCGCUUCAAAAUGUUUAACUGUAGGUUACAAAACACAUAUUGUUUAUAAAAUAGAGGGUUACUUGAUAUUUCUUGACAAAGAUCUGUUUCGUUUCGCAAAUUUUUAAUUUAUUUGGCAAAAAAUAGUUUUAAUUGGAAUAUAUUGAGUAAUUACUGUGUUUUAGUUGGAAUAUAUUGAGGAAUUACUGGGCAUGUUAAAAGUUCAUUUCAUUCUAAAAAUAACUG